GUAGCUCUCAUUUGUAUUCUUUUCUUUCUUCUUGUUUGUUACUCCUUCCCCUUCUUUCUGUAUUGCUUAGAAAAAAAAGGGACCAAGUUUUCUUCUAGCUAGCAUUUUUCUGUAAUUAUUAACUGCGUUACAGCAAGUUAUACAGAGGGAUAUAUGAGUAGCAUGACGAGGAAGCCAUGGCUCUUAUUUGCUCUGCUUCUAAUCAUGUCUUUUUACAGAGCAUGCUUCUCCAUAGUUGGUGAUACCCUUCCACCAGGUCACUCUCUUUUAGAGAGCGACACCAUAUUAUCUCAAGGUAGCAAAUUUGAGCUGGGUUUCUUCAAACCAGGCACUUCAUCAAAAAUCUACCUGGGCAUAUGGUAUAAAGGGUUUCAUGAGGAAAUUGUUUGGGUAGCAAAUAGAGAAAACCCUUUGUCUCACCCAUCUUCCUCAAGACUUGAGCUCUCAGAAAAUGGCAAUCUACUCCUGUUUGAAGGUUCCUCCGAGAUCCCAGUUUGGUCGACAAAUUUGGCAUUUCCCCAGUUAAAUAUAACGGAAGCAGUACUUCGUUAUGAUGGAAAUUUUGUUUUGAGAGGUAGAUCGAACACCUCUACUAUAUUUUGGGAGAGUUUCGACCAUCCAACCGAUACAUGGCUGCCAGGUGCAAAGCUUGGGAUCGAUAUGGUUACUGGAAAACCACAGCAGCUCAUUUCAUGGAAAAAUUCAGAAGAUCCAGCACCUGGUGUGUUCUCCUUGGGGUUAAACCCAAAUGGAAGCAAUCAGUUUCUCUUAGAGUGGAACAAAUCCCAAAUCUAUUGGAGUUCGCAAGUUCAUAAUGGAACAUCUCUCCGCUCAUUUUCUGAAAGGACCCUUAUCUUCAACGGAAGUUUUGUGUCAAGUAAAAAUGGAAGUGAGAGAUAUUUUACUUACUCUGUUCCUAAUCCUUCUACCCUUGCUAUAUAUCGAAUUGACCAAACAGGACAGAUUAGGAUACUGCUGUGGCUGCCUGUCGCCUCCGUUUGGAAUACACUUUGGUCUACACCGACGAACAUAUCUGAUGUCUACGCUUUGUGUGGUGCAUUUGGCGUGGUCCAAUACCCUGACAAUUCCUCAAAUCCUUGUGAGUGUCUAGAAGGUUUCAAACCAUUUUCCAUGGAAGACAACAGACUAAAUGAUUGGUCAGGCGGUUGUGUGAGGAAAUCUCCUUUGCAAUGUGAGAAUAAUACGCAUACUAAUGUCAAAAAAGAUUGGUUCAUGAAAAUAUCAAACAUGCGAUUGCCUGUUUAUUCGAAAGAAUAUAAUUUGGCCUUGAAUGCUAGCAGAUGUGAAUUGGCAUGCAUGGAAAAUUGUUCUUGCGCAGCUUAUGCUUAUAAUAGGAGCGGGUGUAUGAUAUGGGAAGGAGCUCUUUUGAACUUACAACAACUUCCAUAUGGUGGCGAGAUUGGACAAGAUAUCUACCUCAGACUUGCUGCUGCUGAGUAUCCAAGUACCCAAGUGAUUACUCUCAUCAGAAUCAGGCAAAAAAUGGAAAGUAUUGGUAGCUGUGCUGGUCCCUGCAACAGGGCUUAUCUUAUGCCUCUCAAUUUGAUUUUCAUGCAAAGGAAGGCUCAAACGGAAAGAAUUCUUAUCAUUCUAGAUCAAACAGGAGAGAUUCCUUCAAGUUAUAAUCUACUAUUAUUUGAUUUUGAUGCUGAAAUCCAUGCAAUCAAUGAUGAAAUGAAUACCAACAAUAAUAUGAAGAAGAGAGAGAAGGAUGCUGAGUUGCCACUAUUUAGUUAUGAGAGUGUAUUAGCUGCAACAAAUAAUUUCUCAGCCGAGAAUAAACUUGGAGAAGGAGGUUUUGGACCUGUUUACAAGGCAAAAUUACUCAGAGGGCAAGAAAUUGCAGUGAAGAUGCUUUCAAAAAGAUCUGGACAAGGUAUUGAGGAGUUCAGAAAUGAGACAAUACUAAUUGCAAAACUCCAGCAUAGAAAUCUUGUCAGACUGUUAGGUUGUUGUAUCGAGCAAGAUGAAAAGAUAUUAAUAUAUGAGUACAUGCGCAAUACAAGUUUGGACUUCUAUCUUUUUGAUCCAACCAAGAAAAAGAUGCUAGGUUGGGAGACACGCAUAUGCAUUAUUGAAGGGAUUGCUCAAGGGCUUCUUUAUCUCCAUCAAUAUUCAAGGUUACGAAUCAUACAUAGAGAUUUAAAACCUAGUAACAUUCUUUUGGAUAGUGAAAUGAAUCCAAAAAUAUCAGAUUUUGGCAUGGCUCGAAUAGUUGGAGGCAAUGAAACACAGGCAAACACAAACCGAAUUGUUGGAACUUAUGGCUAUAUGUCUCCCGAAUAUGCUAUGGAUGGUUUGUACUCAAUAAAGUCUGAUGUGUUUAGCUUUGGAGUAUUGGUGUUAGAGAUUGUGAGCGGCAGGAAGAACACAAGCUUCUAUAACAACGAGUCACUCAGUCUUCUUAGAUAUGCUUGGGAGUUGUGGAGAGACGAUCGAAGUUUGGACUUGAUGGAGCCAACAAUAGGAUAUGCUACUUUCACUUCUAUUCUGUUGAGGUUCAUUAACAUUGGCCUUCUUUGUGUCCAAGAAAGCCCGACUGAUCGACCUACCAUGUCUGAUGUAAUCUCAAUGAUUAGCAAUGAACAUGCACCUCUACCUACACCUAAGCAACCAGCGUUUUCCACAGGCCGAAAUAUGAUGGACACAAAUUCAACAGUUGACAGUGCAGGAAAUUGCUCGAAAAAUAGUGUAACUAUUUCAGCAAUGGACGCCCGAUGAUUGAUUCUUAUGUGAAAGAAACGAAAUGUUGGAGAAGCAAUCUUUUCAGCCUAAUUUGGAUGCAUGUUGAUAUGCUACAUAAUUGUCACUAAAUGUUGUCUUAGUUCACUCAUUUUAGUUUUGUUGCCAAUGAUACUAUAGAUAAAAAUGUUUUUUUUUUUUUUUGAAGGGCUAUAGAUAUAAAUGUUGCCAACAACUUCCAAGUGUCUCUAAAAGAUUAUCGGUUAUUGAUUUCCUUCCCCUCCCUU